UGUACGGCUACACGAAAAUAUAAACUCCACAGAUUCUUGAAGCUCAACACCUGGUUCCCUAUAUGUUACUGUUCUUCUUGUAUCCUAGAGAGAGAAAGUAAGUAAGAGAGAGAGAGAGAGAGAGAGAGAGAGAGAGAGAGAUGAGGCAGCAGCUAUCGUUGAUCAACGCAACGACGUCGCCGGACACUACAACCAUCGUCAGCCGCCACAGAUAUUUAUCGCUUUUUGCCUCCGAUGACCGUGACUUUCUUCUCUCUCCCACCGGAGCUCAGAUAAAAAUUUCCGACCUUCACGACAAAAUCGUUGGCAUUUACUUUUCAGCAAACUGGUAUCCACAAUGCCAAAGUUUUACAAAACUAUUGAUUCAAGUAUACGAACAAAUCAAAGCGAAAAAAGGGUCAGCAUUUGAGAUCAUCUUUGUUUCAUCUGAUGAAGACUUGAAUGCAUUCAACAACUACUAUCAAUCAAACAUGCCAUGGCUUGCGAUUCCGUUCUCUGAUUUGGAAACUAAAAAGGCAUUGAACAACAGAUUUGACGUUGAGGGGAUUCCAUGCUUGAUCAUCUUGCAACCCGAUCAUGAUGCAGGUAUUGUGCACGAUGGAGUUGAGUUGAUUUAUCGUUAUGGUGUUGAAGCAUAUCCUUUUACAAAAGAGAGGUUGGAUGAGUUGUUGAAGCAAGAAAAGGAGAAGCAUGAACGACAAACUCUCUCAAAUUUGCUUAUGAAUCAUGAUAGAGAUUUUCUUUUGGCUCAUUCGGCAUCCAAAAAGGUAUUAAUAUCUUCCUUGAUAGGCAAAACCAUCGGGCUAUAUUUUUCAGCACAAUGGUGUCUCCCAAGUCUCAAAUUCACACCCAAGUUGAUAUCCAUUUACCAAAAGAUAAAAGCAAAACUAAGUGAACAAGAAGACUUUGAAAUCAUCUACGUGUCAACUGAUCACAAUCAGCUAGAGUUUGAAUCUUCUUUCAGCUUAAUGCCAUGGCUAGCACUCCCAUUUGGGGACUCGAUCAAUAAGGAGUUGACCAAGUACUUUGAUAUCACGGGUAUUCCAAGUUUGAUCAUUUUGGGUCCAGAUGGAAAAACUGUAACGAAGAACGGGAGAUCUCUGAUUAACUUGUACGAAGAGGAAGCUUAUCCUUUUACAGAAGCGAGGGUGAAGCUAUUGGAGAAGCAAAUGGAUGAGGAUGCAAAGAAUCUUCCGAGCAUGGAGAUACAUUCGGGUCAUCGCCAUGAACUCACGUUGGUGUCUCAAGAAAAUGGUGGGGGGCCGUUUAUAUGUUGUGAUUGUGAUGAGCAAGGUUCGGGCUGGGCUUACCAGUGCAUUGAUUGUGGGUAUGAAGUGCACACCAAGUGUGUUAGGCCGGUGGUUCAGAUGUCUAGUGCAUGAAAAUCCACCGGAAAACUGUUUACUACUAUUUGUUUACCAAAAGGUGAGUUAUGGGUUGAUGUUAGAUUUUGGAAUGAUAAAUUGUGUAUAAUUAUUAUCUUGAGUAAGUUGUUCGCUUUCCAACAA